AUGUCAGAAUACAAGCGGAACUCGCCGAGCGCCAACCUGGUCAAUCUCGACUUCAUGGGUCCCGCUUCUGCAUACGGAGGAAGUCAGUCGGGAACCAGCGACUAUGAUUUCGACCUCGCACAAGCCUUUGGUCCAACUGUGACAGGCUCUGCCAAUUCAGGAACGUACACUGCAGCUCCCACUUCGACACCAAGUCAUGCGCACCCAUUUGCUGGCUUCGAGAAUGGAGUACUUCCUUCGCCAUCUGCCGCACCACCAACUGCGCUCUCAGACGCUCAAUCACCAAUUACUGCGCACCAUCAUCGCGCCAGCAUUGGAAGCAACGCCCCAAUGGCAAGACACAACAGUUUCGGCGGCGGAUCGGAUAUGACAAGCCCAGGGAACAAGCCGAGGAUAGAUCACAACGAUGCUUCUCAGCCAGCAGGUGAUGGCGGUAAAGCUGAAGACGCUGCUCAUGCGCCUUCAUGGAGUGAACUCAAGACCAAGGCCGGCAAGGAACGAAAGCGGCUGCCGUUGGCUUGCAUUGCGUGUAGACGGAAGAAGAUUCGCUGUUCCGGCGAGAAGCCGGCUUGUAAACAUUGUCUGCGAUCACGCAUUCCCUGUGUCUACAAAGUCACCACCCGCAAAGCUGCUCCACGGACGGAUUACAUGGCCAUGCUGGACAAAAGACUCAAGAGAAUGGAAGACCGGGUGAUCAAGAUAAUUCCCAAGGAGGAGCAAGGUAUUGUCGCAAGCACUGGCCGUGCUGUUGUGAAGCCAUCCUUGCCAGCUGCUCCUCCCAAGCCAACCGCAUCGUCCAAGAAGCGUGCCGCAGAAGUAGCAUUUGGCGACGAACUUGAGGAGUGGGCGUCUGACAAGAACAAGCCUCCUGCUGCUGCAUCAAAAGAAGGUCCGGUCACGGACGAGGAUUCUGAAAAGGCCAGAGCAAAAGACCCGGAAGAGCAGAACUUACUUCGCGAGGGCACGGACAAAUUGCCCUCCAAGGAGAUCCAGGAACAUCUUUCCGAAGUGUUUUUCGAUUAUGUCUAUGGCCAGAGCUAUCACCUGCUGCAUAAGCCCAGCUUUAUGCGAAGAUUGGCGCAGGGCACAGUGCCGCCCGUGUUGAUGCUUGCUGUGUGCGCAAUAUCGGCUCGAUUCUCAAAUCAUCCCUCAGUACGCACGGAACCGGCGUUUUUACGAGGAGAAAGCUGGUCUAUCGCCGCAAGAGAGAUCGCAUUACGAAGGUUUGAUACCCCGAACAUCACGAUUCUGAUCGUGUAUCUUAUAUUGGGCCUGCACGAAUUCGGUACAUGUCAAGGAGGCCGCAGUUGGAUGUUUGGAGGAAUGGCACAGCGGAUGGCCUAUGCGCUACAGCUCCAUAAAGACUUGGAUCAUGACCCCAAAGACCGCGCUCGGAGCGAGCUAACCUUUACCGAUCGUGAGAUACGAAGGAGAACGAUGUGGUCUUGUUUCUUGAUGGAUCGCUUCAACUCCAGUGGGACGGAUAGACCGAUCUUUGUUGGCGAGCAAUACAUUCGUGCUCAAUUACCCAUCAAAGAGAGCUAUUUCCAGAUGGAGAUCAACGGGCCUACACAAGAUCUAGAAGGUGCGGUGCCCAACCCUGUGGAUCCAGGCCAAGGCCAGAUGGCCGACGCGAAGGAGAAUAUGGGUGUAGCUGCAUAUUUGAUCCGACUGGUCUCCAUCUGGGGAAGGCUUAUUAACUACCUCAACCAAGGCGGCAAGGAACGCGAUGAACAUCACAUGUGGUCCGAAGGAUCGAAUUUUCAGAGCAUCAAGAACGCCGUGGAGGGGUGGAAGAAGACGCUGCCCUCGUCACUGGAGUAUAGCUCCGAGAAUCUCCAGUACCAUGCGUCCGAGAAGAUUGCAAACCAGUUCAUCUUCCUGCAUCUUGUGCACAAUCAGAUCAUCCUAUUCAUGAAUCGCUUUGCCCUUCCGAGUGCGGGCGGACGACCUCAACUGCCAAAGGACAUGCCAGAAGAUUUUAUCGCCGAAGCCGCACGGACAGCAUUGGAAGCUGCGAACCAGAUAUCAGCGCUGAUACAUGAGGCGAACGAUCACCUCGUUGUAGCGCCCUUCGCAGGAUACUGUGCCUUCUUCAGCAGCACAGUACACAUUCACGGCGUCUUCUCCAAGAACGCGGCUCUGGAAGCUUCGAGCAAGCAGAACUUGGCGUGGAAUGUGAAAUAUUUGACCAAGAUGAAGAAGUACUGGGGCAUGUUUCACUUCGUCACGGAAAAUCUGCGGGAUCUGUACCGGAGACAUGCGGACGCUGCAAGAUCAGGAGCCAAAUCUGCCGGCAAGGAGGGAGAGCAAGCUAUUUUCCAGUAUGGCGAUUGGUUUGAUCGCUACCCACAUGGUGUCAGUGGGACAGACUAUGAAGAACCGAGUACUGAGAUGAAGAAAGAGCCUGGAAGUGAUGCAGUGCUCGGACAGAAGAGCGAUCUGCAGACGGUCGAAGAAUUCUUCUCAAAGCUGAGUCCGCCCAGUCGAGCAGCACAUAUGCUUCAACAGCAACAGCAACCGUCCACCUCGAGAAAGGUCGCGAGAAAGAAGCAUUCGAAGUCGGUUUCCGAAGGCAGCAAGACUGGCCAGAAUGCAAGUAAUGCGCAACAAAGCUCAGCGGGCAACUCGCAUCAGCAAGCCCCUUCGCAACAGGUCACACACGACCUGGCUUCGACUCAAGGAUUCCAGCAUAACGGCAAUAUGGGCGACUUCUCGCAACAAGCCUCUUCCUUUUCUCCAGGUUUUCAACAGCAGCAAAAUCCGCUUGCGAUGAACUCGCUGCAAUUUCUGUCCCAAAUGGACAGGCAGAUGGUCCUCAACUCGUACGCGAAUUCGAACCAGAAUGCGCAAUCAAACCUGAAUACGUUGAAUAUGUUGCUUGAAAACACAGGCAACAACCUCGGCGAUUUUGACUGGAGUGCUCUUGCCAAUAGCAACGGCCAGAACGGGCAGGGGAAUGGCUUCUGGGGCGACCCGUCAACUGCGUGGUUCAUGCCUUUCAACUUGGAUCCUCCAACGAUUGGGGAGGACAACAAUCUGUUCAGCGGGAGCUUCGAUUGGUCGAAUGGCUUUCCUGGGUUUGGCGAUGUGAGUGGUAUGCCUUCGACUGGGUUGACGCCAGGUAUGGAAGUUGAUGGCGGCCAAGAUAGCGGCAUGACAGGAGAUCAGCCAGGUAGCGGUCUGGACGGCUUGGACCAGAUGUAG